AUGUUGGAUACAUCUUCGGUUUGCUUCCAGUUGUCGGCAGAUGCUGAAGAGCGAAUCAAUAAAUCUCGAAAACUGCUCGAUAAAAUUGUUGAGAAUAACUCAACUGUAUACGGCGUCUCAACCGGCUUCGGCACUUUUGCGAACGUUCGGAUAGAACCGGAUAAGUUAAAACAGCUACAGUUGAACCUUAUUCGAUCUCAUGCCAGUGGAUAUGGUGAACCGUUGUCACCAACACGAGCAAGAGUUCUUCUAGCCUUACGUAUCAAUGUUUUGGCCAAAGGAUACAGUGGAAUAUCGCUUGCAAAUGUCAAAAAAAUGAUCGCUGCUUUUAACGCUUUUUGCGUGUCGUACGUACCACAACAGGGUACUGUGGGUGCUAGCGGUGACUUAGCUCCAUUAGCACAUCUUGCUCUUGGCCUGCUCGGAGAAGGUCGAAUGUGGUCACCGCUAACAGGCUGGGACGAUGCAGCUCUUGUGCUUAAGAAAAAUAAUUUAGAGAAAAUGGAUCUAGGCCCAAAAGAAGGAUUAGCACUUAUUAAUGGCACUCAAAUGAUUACAGCACUUGGUGCAUUAGCCGUGGAACGAGCCGACCUUAUAGCCCGUCAAGCAGAUGUCAUUGCAGCACUGUCUUUAGAUGUAUUGAAAGGAACCACGAAGGCUUACGACGCCGAUAUUCAUGCAAUCCGUGGUCAUGCUGGACAAAUAGCUACCGCCCAAAGACUGCGAUCACUUCUACACUCUGCUGCAAAUCCGUCAAAAAUUGCUGAAUCACAUCGUCAUUGUGGCAAAGUCCAAGAUGCCUAUACAUUAAGAUGUGUCCCUCAAGUGCAUGGAAUAGUUCAUGACACCAUCAGUUUUGCUCGUUCUAUAAUAACUGUUGAAAUGAAUGCGGCUACUGAUAACCCUUUGGUGUUUGCUGAACGUGGAGAAACUGUGUCAGGCGGUAACUUCCAUGGAGAAUAUCCAGCGAAAGUUUUAGACUAUUUGGCAAUUGCUGUUCAUGAACUGGCUCAAAUGAGUGAAAGAAGACUAGAGCGACUUCUGAAUCACGAGCUUAGUGGUCUUCCAACAUUUUUAACUCCAAAUGGUGGUUUAAACUCUGGAUUUAUGGUCGUACAACUCAGUGCAGCUUCGUUAGUAUCCGAAAAUAAAGUUCUUUGCCAUCCUGCAUCGGCAGACAGCAUACCGACAAGUUGCGCUCAAGAAGAUCACGUUAGUAUGGGUGGCUUUUCUGCUCGUAAAGCAUUAAAAGUGAUUGAACACGUUGAAGCUGUUCUUGCAAUGGAGCUCUUGGCCGCAUGUCAAGGGAUGGAAUUUUUGAAACCACUUGUUAGCACAAAACCGCUGAAUAGUGUCUACAAACUGGUCAGAUCUGUCAGCCCAAAGUUAGAAAAUGAUCGCUCUUUAAAUCCAGAUAUUAUGGCUGUUGUGAAAUUACUUCGUGAGGGCAAAGUGUGGAACGCAGUUGAGUCGCAUUUGCAGUUCAGUGAAGAUACGGAGGCACUUGAUCCUGACGCUUUAAGGCAGACUACUAAAACACCAACGGGUUAUGCACAGAAAUUUGUUGAUGAUUUAGAAGAUCAACCACAUUUCGAUGAAUGA